UGAUAUCAUGCUCAACUUAAAUAGGGAACCGUACCUUAAAAAUGACAGGGAAGGGUGACAGUGGUACCUGCAUACAAGGCAGAGAGGUUGUCUGUUUGAGACUAACCGCUGCAACUAAUCCGAAUGGUCCAUAGGGUUGUCAAUCCAACCAAUUACUUCUUCUCAAUCACCUCCUUUUUCUCUUUCGAUUUCUUUCAUCGCUCUACCAUCCGAUCAUGAUGAUCCUUGGCUCGGGGUUCUCUUGCUUUUGUUGUCUACGUUCUUCAUCAUGACGGAUAACGGUUUCCCUUCCUCGGUCGUCCCUCCGCGCAAACCUCUUCCAGUCUCCAAAGAGUUGAAAGAAGCCAAUGCACCACCCCCGGCACCCUGGUGGGAUGUCCGCCAAUUCUCCCGUCGGAAACGCAUUAUUUUGGCCGCCGCCAUUGCAGCGAUCGUCUUAAUCGCUCUGAUUAUUGGAUUGGCAGUAGGCCUGACCCGAAAGAAGAAUUCCAACCUUCCGCUCCCAACCACCAAUGGCCCCUACACAGGCGAUUUGACCUACUACGACCCGGCUUUGGGCUCCUGUGGCAUUGAAAGCGCCGCCACCGACUCUAUCUGUGCUGUCUCGCAUGUGAUCUUCGAUGCUGCCUCCACGGGAUCCAAUCCUAAUGCCAAUCCGCUGUGCGGCAAAAAGCUGCGUGUGCGGAGGGGAGAGAGCAGUGUUGAUGUGACCGUGGUUGAUCGCUGCGUCGGGUGUGCCGCUACUGACCUCGAUGUCUCGCCUGGUGUGUUUACCAACCUGGCAGAUAUGGAUCUGGGGAGAGUGCUGGUUCAAUGGGCGUGGUUGGACCAUGCUUGAUGGUGACGGCGUGUAUGUGUGAUGUUUUUGUUAGCAAUCUCAGUUUUGUAUGCAAUCAGAGAAUUAAUGAGCCUCUGAUCGAUGCUUUCUAUACAUAAAGUCAAGGCUUUGAAAUCCCACGUGGA